GAUUUCUCUCUCAUCAAUCUAUGUCUCUUUCUCUCUCUUUUAAUUUUUCGAAAUUAUAAUUGGCUCCUUUUGUACUGUACUUGUCUUUCCAUUUCUGCGUUGUUCUCAUCGAAAUAUCUUAUCAUCAACAUGAUUCAUGAAGAUUAUGAUUCUGUGCAAAAAAUUCGAUGCUUUAUGUUCUGUUUCUUUAGAUCUGGUUCUGGGUUUGUCAGAUCUGAAGAUCUGCUUAUGGGUUUUCAGAAAAAUUUGAUUUUGAUUUUAAAAUCCCUAAUUUUCGUUUCUGGGUACCUCAAAGAUCUGUUCUUUCAUUAGACCCUGUUACUGAAUCUUAGAAAAUGGAUUGAUCUUAUGUUAAUUUCAUGUGAAUUUCGAUUGCUUAAUGUUCUGUUAUUGAACUUUUAAUGCCAUUGUUUGUAGUUUAUAAUCACAAUGGAUGAUGAUGGAUUUCGCAAUUGGGGAUACUAUGAACCAGCGGCUGCUUCAUUUAAAGGUAAUCUUGGUUUGCAGCUGAUGUCUACUAUUGACCGGAACACUAAACCGUUUUUACCCGGGCGUGAAUCGAAUCUGAUGAUCGGUUCAAACGGUUCGUAUCACCCGCGAGAGCAUGACAUGAACUAUAGCUGGAUUAGUCAACCCAAGGACAACAAGUUCUUCAACAUGUUGCCUAUAAGCACCCCGAAUUACGGGAGUGUGAUGUCCGAAACAUCUGGUUCGAAUUCGAUGCAGAUGAUACAUCAACCGGUUGUGAAUUCAUCCCGGUUUGAGGAGAUUCCAAUCCCUCCUCGUGAAGAUGAAAUUGUUCAGCCUAGUAAGAAGAGAAAGAUGAGAGGUAGCAUCUCAACACCAACAAUACCGAAAGCUAAGAAGAUGCGUAAACCGAAAGAGGAGCGCGAUGUUGCUAGUAGCAAUGUUCAACAGCAGCGUGUGAAACCGGCUAAGAAGAGUGUUGAUCUUGUGAUUAAUGGUGUGAGUAUGGACAUUUCUGGUUUACCUGUACCGGUUUGCACUUGUACUGGAACUCCUCAGCAAUGUUACCGUUGGGGUUGCGGCGGAUGGCAAUCCGCUUGUUGCACAACUAACAUUUCAGUGUAUCCUUUACCGAUGAGUACUAAGAGACGCGGGGCAAGGAUUUCAGGUAGGAAGAUGAGUCAAGGUGCGUUUAAGAAGGUCCUAGAGAAAUUAGCAACAGAAGGUUAUAGCUUUGGGAAUGCGAUUGAUUUGAAGAGUCAUUGGGCUAGACAUGGAACCAAUAAGUUUGUCACGAUCAGAUAGUUUGAGUUUUUCUCAUUGAUCGUGUAUAUACAACAACUUGUGACCUUUGUUUUCCUUCUUCCUCUUCAAGGUAACUUCUUCGGUUUAGGGUUUGAAUCAUAUCUUAAUUCAUACAUUCUUAAUGUUCUGUUUUUGUUUGUUUGAAGAUUUCUUUGAGAAACUCUGUAGGAAGCAAAAAUGUUGUUUUUCUUUUCUUUC